AAUACGUACAAUUUCACCAUCGAGGAUUAAGAAACGAUGCCUAUCUGUACGCUACCGACGGUGACAAUUUACGAGGACUUUGAUAAGCUCAGUGCGAAGGAAGUGUACUUCACGGAGUCAGGCGAUAAGGUGACGGUCAAGCUGCUUCACUUUCCUAACCUCAGCCCCGAAGAGCAGGAUCAUCUGAAGACCAUGUCGGACAGUGGUGAUGAGCAUGAUGGUGGAAAUGGUGGAUCGGCAGGAGGUGCAGGAACUUCCAGCGAAUCGGUACCACGCAGUCGGAAGAAGUCCUUCACCCGGAAGCUUUCCAAUGAUGCGCGUAAAUUUUCUGCCCUUACUAGUCGCAAAAAUUCGAAGGACGCAGAACUGACCGCACAGACCAAUGCUCCAAUCCUUCCACCAAAUCAACAUACGGGAGGGCAGCAUCAUCACCAUCACCAUCACUAUCACCAUCACCACCACCAAUACAUGCAGCAGCAGAAGCCGCAUCAGAACGUUGGCACGUACCAUCAUCAACAUUAUCAGCAGUCGGUACAAUUGCGACAGCGAACGCAGAGUUCGUCCCACUCGCAAUACCAUUAUCAAAAUCAGCUUCCAAUACUGCAACAUCCGCCAGCGGAUGCUGGAUUUGGCGGUAAGCCAGAGCAUGUGGGUGGAGGUGGCUCACUGCGAUACCGGAUCGGUGCAAAUCGGUCACCCUCCCCGCGCCAGUCCGCCAGCCUCUGUCCGGGGUACGAGCAGUACCAGAUGUCGCUGCUGGAGGUACCGAUGCCACGUGAUUAUGGCGACGCAUCGAGUGAUGAUUUGAGCUCCGAAUGGGACUCGGACGUUCCGGACGUCCGACAUGAAUCUGGAGCGAAGCCUUCUGGAUGGCGUAAGUUACGCAACAUCGUUCAGUGGACACCGUUCUUCCAGACGUACAAAAAGCAGCGCUACCCUUGGGUGCAGUUAGCUGGGCAUCAGGGAAACUUCAAAGCAGGACCGGACCAAGGAACGGUGCUUAAGAAGUUAUGCCCCAAAGAGGAAAAAUGUUUUAAGGUCCUGAUGAAGGAUGUCUUGAGACCUUAUGUUCCCGAGUACAAGGGUCAGGUCAACAGUGAAGAUGGAGAAUCGACAUACAUACAGCUGCAGGAUUUACUCAGCGACUUCUACCAGCCGUGUGUGAUGGACUGUAAAAUAGGCGUUAGAACCUAUCUGGAAGAGGAACUGUCGAAAGCCAAAGAGAAGCCGAAACUUCGAAAAGAUAUGUAUGAAAAAAUGAUACAAAUCGAUCAAAACGCACCCACUGAAGAGGAGCACCGUGCUAAAGGUGUUACAAAGCCACGCUACAUGGUGUGGAGGGAAACCAUUUCCAGUACGUCUACGCUCGGAUUUCGAAUAGAGGGUAUUAAAAAGAGCGAUGGAACGAGUUCAAAGGAUUUCAAAACGACAAAAUCGCGGGACCAAAUAUGUGAUGCAUUCCGCGAAUUCACCGACGGAUUUCCUCAUGCAAUGCCUAAAUACAUUCAACGACUAAAGGCAAUCCGGGCGACGCUGGAAUACUCGGAGUUUUUCAAAAGUCACGAAGUGAUAGGCAGCUCCUUGCUGUUCGUUCACGAUCGGCACAAGGCAAGCGUAUGGCUGAUUGACUUUGCCAAAACGGUCGCACUGCCGGAGACUGUGGCAAUAACGCAUGACAGCAAAUGGAAGGUGGGCAACCACGAGGAUGGAUACCUGAUCGGGAUCAACAAUCUUAUCGACAUCUUCAGCGAAGUGCAUGAUCGUCAAACAGUGCAUACACUGACCGAGCGGAUACCCAGGCUUUCUUUGCCAGACGACAGCAACGGUAUCGACGAGGACCGGCAGCGUCACGAUGGAUGUAAUCUGAACGAUGAGAUCUCACCUACCACAAUGCCAACCGUCUCGGGCCGGUGUGGCGAUAAAAUUAACUGCGUGAACAAUAACAAUAAUUACGACUGCAAGCCAGAUGAUCAGAAACUGGUGGGCAGCAACAACUCGGACAGUACAGGUCUGCGUGACUUUGUUGGAUCAAAUUCGACCUGA